CUGGGCAGGCCAUGGUGUGCCCACUGUCCAUCAACUGCACCAACCAAUCCUCCAUGUGCUGGAUCCACGCCACGCGGUCACCAGUGGCACAACUCAUGCAUGACGCCGAGGAGGGACACUCACUGGUGAUCAUACCCUUGUUGCGUGACACCAUGCCGAUGGCCUGUCGAUCUUCCAGUUCAAAUGUAGGCUCCCUCAAUCGUAAUCGCAUACUUCUUGACCCCAUUUCGCGACUUCAGCAACUCGUCAACAUUUCAGGUGCCUUGUCACAAAUUCAACCAAGAUGCCCGCCAAAUACCCACCACACAACGACAGGGCAUUUCGCAACGUCCAUGCAUGGGACGAUGGAUUUGAGUAUAUCCGCCCAGAUGCAAAUGGUCCCAGCAGAGACCCUUCAACUCCCGACAUCUCUCCACCACUCGCACCAUCGAGGCCGUUGAAUAGAACAUCUCGAUAUGAGCCAGACCGCCUCCCCAGGUCCCGGCCCCCCUCCCCCCCACCAUCCGACCACGCCCGCCCGCGGCGCAGCCGUCGGGACCGCAGCCCCCCACCCCCAUACGCCACCCCGGGGCCGACGCGCUCCCCGACCCCGCCCCGCAGACGGGACCGGGACGACAGGCGGGCCCGCGAAGCAGCACGCUACCCCCCAUCCGCCUCGGCGGCGCGCAGACCGCCGCCCCCGACCAGAUACGACACGGCACCACUACCGGCACGCCGCGGAUCCUCCCGGCGUGGGCACGGCGGCGACAGCCCUCCCCCGCGCCGCCGCAGGGCCAUCUCACCAUCGCCAUCCCCGCCCCCACCGCGCACCCGCCCAAGGCCCCGCUCCCUCGAUCGGGGCGCCCGGACCCGCGACCGCGAUCGCGCCCUGACCCCGCCCCCCGACAAGAGGCGACCGCCCGUGACGCGGUCCAAGACGACGGGGGCCAAGGGCAGCAGCGGCGGCGGCAGCGGCGGCGGGGGAGGUCUCGGCCUCGGCAUCGCCCUCGGGCCCCGGUGGCAGGCUGCCGCGUCGGCGGCUGUCAAGUCGGGCGCGGCGGCGGCGAUGAGCAUGCGGUCGCAGCCCGGGGCGUGGGCGGGCGAGAAGGGGGCCAGGGUCGCUACUGCGGCGCUGAGCGCUGCGGCGAUGGAUGCGCUAGCGGGGAGGAAGGCCGGCGGUGGUAGUGGUGGUGGUGGGGGGCGGGAGGAGAAGGCGAGGGGCGGGGGAGGGGAGAGGAGGAAGAGCGGGGUUGAGGGGCUGGGGGGUGCGCUGGGGGGGAUUUUGUUGGAUCAGAUUGCGAGGAGGGGGAGUAAGAAGGAGAAGAAGCGUUGAGCUGGGGGGCGGGGGGCUUGCUUGAAGGACCUGGAUAUCUGCAGUUGCAUAGAUUGGGUAGAAGUACGGCGUUUGUUUGCAAUGCUGCGCGCAGCAUGGAUGUGUUUCCAAGAGACGAGAUUAAUACCAACUCUUUUCCCCGUCAUUGCCGGUUUGCAUCCCUAGCUACAUAGACAAAAGCAAGUUGAUUUGAGCUUCUGG